GAGCGCGCGCAAGCUAGCGAGCAAACCAGAGAGACAGACAGAGAGAGGGACCUGGAGAGAGAGAUCCAGAGAAAGAGAAGAAGCAGCCGAGGUCUGUCAGGGCUCAACCUCCAACUUGUUUCAGUUCAUUCAUCCUUCUCUCCUCUCCGCUUGGGGGAAGUGACUGUGGUGCUCGGUCUCUCCAAGUUGGUGCCUAAGAAGAUGAUGAUCACCCAAAUGAGUCACUACUAUGUGACCAGCGUUGGGCUUCUUUUCCUGGUCAAUAUUUUCCCUGGAACUACUGGCCAAGGGGAAUCAAGACGACAAGAACCUGGGGACUUUGUGAAGCAGGAUAUUGGCGGACUCUCUCCUAAGCAUGCCCCAGAUAUUCCUGAUGACAGCACUGAUAACAUCACUAUCUUUACCAGAAUCUUGGAUCGUCUUCUGGAUGGCUAUGACAACCGCCUGCGACCUGGGCUUGGAGAUGCAGUGACUGAAGUGAAGACUGACAUCUAUGUGACCAGUUUUGGCCCUGUGUCUGACACUGACAUGGAGUACACUAUUGAUGUCUUUUUUCGACAGACAUGGCAUGAUGAAAGACUGAAAUUUGAUGGACCCAUGAAGAUUCUUCCACUGAACAAUCUCCUGGCUAGUAAGAUCUGGACUCCUGACACCUUCUUCCACAAUGGCAAGAAAUCGGUGGCUCAUAACAUGACCACACCCAACAAGCUGCUCAGACUGGUGGACAACGGGACCCUCCUCUACACAAUGAGGUUAACAAUUCAUGCUGAGUGUCCCAUGCAUUUGGAAGAUUUUCCCAUGGAUGUGCAUGCCUGCCCACUGAAGUUUGGAAGCUAUGCCUACACAACAGCUGAAGUAGUUUAUUCUUGGACUCUUGGGAAGAACAAAUCUGUGGAAGUUGCACAGGAUGGCUCUCGCCUGAACCAGUAUGACCUGCUGGGACAUGUUGUUGGGACAGAGAUAAUCCGGUCUAGCACAGGAGAAUACGUCGUCAUGACAACCCACUUCCAUCUCAAGCGAAAAAUUGGCUACUUUGUGAUCCAGACCUACUUGCCAUGUAUCAUGACUGUCAUUCUGUCACAAGUGUCUUUCUGGCUCAAUAGAGAGUCUGUCCCUGCCCGAACGGUCUUUGGUGUUACCACUGUUCUCACCAUGACCACCUUGAGUAUCAGUGCCAGAAACUCCUUACCUAAAGUGGCAUACGCGACGGCCAUGGACUGGUUCAUAGCCGUCUGUUAUGCCUUUGUAUUUUCUGCGCUGAUCGAAUUUGCCACUGUCAACUACUUCACCAAACGGAGUUGGGCUUGGGAAGGCAAGAAGGUGCCAGAAGCCCUGGAGAUGAAGAAGAAAACACCAGCAGCUCCAACAAAGAAAACCAGCACUACCUUCAACAUCGUGGGGACCACCUAUCCCAUCAACCUGGCCAAGGACACUGAGUUCUCCACUAUCUCCAAGGGCGCUACUGCUAGUGCUUCCUCAACCCCAACAAUCAUUGCUUCGCCCAAGGCCACCUAUGUGCAGGACAGCCCGACUGAGACCAAGACCUACAACAGUGUCAGCAAGGUUGACAAAAUUUCCCGCAUCAUCUUUCCUGUUCUCUUUGCCAUAUUCAAUCUGGUGUAUUGGGCCACCUAUGUCAACCGGGAGUCAGCUAUCAAGGGCAUGAUCCGCAAACAGUAGUUAGUGGUGGUGGCACAGCAACCAGAGCACUGUAUACCCCAUGAAGCAUCCAGGCAUCCAAAACCCGGGCUCCCCUUCAUGUGUUUCAGGAUUCUUCUUUUUAACCCUCUAUCAAGCUGUGACUCUCAAUUCAUAUUUAUGAAUCUCAAUGGAAAAAAAAAAACAACCACAGAAAAAUUACUUGUCCCUUUUAACAUUGCUGACUAUACCCCCAUCAAAAUCAAACACUGCCAUUUAUCCAGUUACUCAUCUUAGUCUGCCAGUCUCCCCCAGCUGAGGGCACUGCAUGUAUUUUAUUGUAUUCUGCCCACUGCAGAAAGAACAAGAGGAUCUACUACCUAUAGUGGGAGCCUUGGCUGUAUGAGAGGUCCAGACCAAGGAAAAUUGUUGAUUGGUUCAGAUCAGAUAAUUCUGACCUACUAGGUAGCCAGGUUUGGCUAUCCCAUGUGGUCCUGCCUGCCACCUCCCCUUCCCACAGCAGGGCCUACUAGGCAUAAGUAUGAUAGCAAAGGUGGGAGCCAGUUCUGACCUCUGAACAUGGCCCCCAACCCUUUUUUUGGCUUGGAGGUUACUGGAGACAAUUGAGGCUCACCACGUUCUACCUAUGUAUGACCCAAACAAACAGAACUAGCUGGGCCAACCUGGCACCAAGAUGACUGGUGCCCUGCUGUGUCCAGCCCCUCAGGAAAAUAGUACCCUCCUUGAUAUAUCUCUCCUCCAGGAAAGUCCUCUUCCCUCAAUGCCUUUGACCCACCUGGGCACUACUUAGUUUGGACUCUUUAACGACUACAAACUCUUCAGGAAAAAAUAUCAAGUAUUUUUUAUGUAAGCUAAAAUGAUACAAAUAGAAACAAAAAGAUCUAGAUCAAAUGCCUACGCAAGAAUUUUUUAAAGAUGGGAGAGAUAAAAAAAGUCACCUCCCUGACAAGGCAACUAAUCAAAUACUGGAUCAGACAAGAGGUUUGGGGUGGAUGAUAGUUGAGAAUUGAAGUCUGCCUCAAAAGAGAGGGCCACUGGCAGGUGAAAGUCAGCUUCCUUCCAUACAAUCCACGCUCCACACCCUAGCCAGGCCCAGGCACUUUGCUCCCACCCCAUCAGGAACCUAUGGUUUUUUGUUGAUGCUGAUUCUAUGAUGGGUGAAUUGGAGAUUCAUAUAAAUAUCUCUAGUCAAUUUUUGAGUCAACUAGAUCAUUAACUUUAUUACCAGUUUUAUAAUAUAUUAUUUAGAGGCCAUAUGAUCGUAUUUGUUCUUAAUCUUAAUGUGAGUAAAAGAAACAGGCAUAAACAUGAAAUUUUUAUAAGGUAGAUAAACUGAGUCCCAUAACUUUGAAUAAUUUUCCUAGGCUCCUUUCAAGUGUCUUUACUAAAGAGCUGUAAUGCGCACCUUUCCAAAGGCCAAAAUGAAGACAGGACGGAGAAGCCAGGUCCAUGUUGACCUCAGAAUCAGCACAAUCUCAGUGGGCCUUGUGGGUCAUGAGUGCAGUUUGGUUGGACACCAAAAAGGUUUUUAGAAAGUCACAGUGUGUCACCCAAGGAGACCACUUCUGAUAGUCUUGGCUCAAGGGAAUGAGACUGUUUGAGACGGCAGCCCCAGCCACUUUGGAUCUGAAUAACUGCACUAGUCCAGAGUGUCCUAGAAGCCCAAGGUAAAGCCACAGAUGGCACCACAAGCAGAUUCCUCCUGCCCGCCCCCUGGACAAAGCUCCUAAGGGGUGUAUCAUUAGCUGCUGGUUGCCUUUUCAUCCAUCCUCUCCCCAUUCCCUGCUUCCUUGCCAUUGCUGGGAUAAUGCAUGCCAGUCCCAUUAUUCCUAAGAUUGUGUCUGUAGGUAAAUUCAUGACUAGAAGAGUAUAGUCUUGUGGAUAUGUGGGGAUGGGGGUGGGGGGAUGGGGCUGUUAAUGAUUGUCUUAAGGAAUUUAGAAUGGAAGCCUGACCUUUGCCUUUCUGUAGAAAUUGUGUUUCCAAAUGCUUUGGUGCAAUGUUUAGCGGCUGUUUAUUAAAUUCUUUCUGAAUUGUA